AUGUCGACGUCGAGCGGGGGAGCGUCGGCGAACGGCGGCGGAGGAGGAGUGGGUGAGCUGCAUGUCCUCGCCGUGGAUGACAGCUCCGUCGGCCGGAAGCUGAUCGAGAAGCUGCUCACAGGGUUUCCUUACAGAGGUAUGCGGCCUCCUGCUCCUCCCUCUCUCCCUUGCCAUGAUUUCUCGCUGCCGAUUUGACGGAAGCGCUUCUGUGAGUAGUCACGACGGUUGACAGCGGAAAGCGGGCGCUGGAACUUCUGGGGAUCGGGAAGGAGAACGGCGGCUCCUCCAAGGUCGACCCUCUUCUAUCCCGAUCGAUUCAUCCCGUCCGAUAAUCUGCAGCAUCUCCAAUUGUCCUCGAAGAUCCUAAUGGUGACCAUAAUUCUUCUUCAAAUCAGGCUGCCGAGGUGAAUCUGAUACUGACGGACUACUGCAUGCCGGAGAUGACCGGCUACGAUCUCCUCAAGCGGGUCAAGGUACCCCUCCAAGAUCCCGCAUCCUCUCAUCUGGCUCCUCUCUGACUGUAACACUCUCCGAUUUGAAGGGAUCGUCUGCGCUGAGGGACAUACCCGUCGUCAUCAUGUCCUCCGAGAACGUCCCCAACAGAAUCAGCAGGUGAGCUCUUGACCAAGUCUUCUUCGUCCUCUCCGAGAGCGUUGGUCUUUUCCAGUAGUAGGCAUGGUCCUGCCUUCUGCAGCAAUGAACGGGAGGAGAAAGCCCUGCAGGUGCAUGGAGGAAGGUGCAGUGGAUUUCCUCCUGAAGCCCCUCCGCCCGGCGGACGUCUCGCGGAUCAUGAACAUCAUGACGGGCUCCAAGUAG